AUGCCUAGUUCUAAUUCACCAGCUAAGGCAGUGAUGAACGAUGAUUUACCGCAACCCGGCGGGCCAUAUAACAAGUAUCCUCGCCGAUACGGAAUUCCUAUAUAAUCAGAAAUUAUAAAUCUUUUUUAUUUUGCGCCUCAUGACAUUCAUUCGAACUAUCGUUUACAUACCACGAUCGCUAUACCACGAAGGAUUUGUCAUAAAUUCACGACAAUCGUUUAUUAUCCUUUCUGCAACUCCAGAGUCUAAAACUACCGAAUUCAGAGGCCUUCGUUUUCUGGGAUGUCCAAAUUGUCUCCAUUCACUUCCCAUUGCAGUAUACAUUAUCGUUUUGCCUUCGAAUUCCUUCAAUGCCAUUUGCCUGGCUACAAAUGAAUAUUUGUCACGCAAUUAUUUUUUACACAGUCAACUAGUACCUUACCCUCUUCCAAAAUAUUAAAAUAGAUAUUUCUAUUUCUUCCAAAGGCUGUAAGCUGUACCGUUUCCCAUGGUAUACCCAUCUGUAUGUCCAAUGUUUGUUGCUCUCUAGUUCGUUCUACCCUUAUCCAAUUUCCUUCGUAUCUGUUUAUUUUGACAUUAAACAAGUCGUUUGCUACACAGUUCAAUUAUCAAAACGCUUAACCAUUAUCACAACUUUAAAGCCAUUACAACAAUGUAUCGUACUUGUCAUUGCAAAGUGAAAUAUUGCAGUGAUAGGUACAGUUAUUUCUAACCUAAUAAAAUGUGUUCCAAUACUCGGUAUGAAAUCAUAUCUAGUUUUUAUGUGACCUGUUUCUCUUUGCUCGAAACUUGUUUCAACAGACAGAUGUUGCGUUUUCCUUGCACCUUUAUAUGUAAUCCAUUGCAACAGCCAUUGGUAGCUUUUAUCACGGCACGGAACCUCUAAGGUGAUCAUAUAAUGUCGUCUGUAUUUGUAAAAUAUUCAGUAUCAUACGGCAGAUGAUGAUAAGUAAAGUAGAAUUCGGACGUAAAUAAUACCUGAAUAGUAUCAUUCCUGCUUGCAUCCCUUUUCGUAACAAAGCUGCCCCAGCACCUAACCCAAACAGUCCAAAACCAGCUCCGAAAUACGGAUUAUCGGAUAAUGUUUGCACGUAAUCUAUCAUCGUCAUGAUGCAGUUAUUAUAUACAGUUUCUCUCUUAAAUUCAGUAAACGUUUAAAAUAGUUUCUAUCACAUGCUGUUUCAUUCAGCAAAUGUUUAACCACUUCGCAUUGCGUGCCCCUUCGUCACCUUUCAUUUGCAUUACGUUUAAAGUCGCGUAGUUCUGCUAGACUGAUACCUCUUGACUUAUUUUCGGACAAUUUCAAUAUUAUGCGGUUAAUUAUAUUUUUUUACUUUCUGCUACUGUGUGCGAUAUGUGCUAAAGCAGACAAGAAGGUAAACAAGUAUGUGACCACUUUAAUAGAUGCAAAAUGGAAAGAAACACCCUUAGCUUUGGAAGCUGCUGAAUAUUUGAAUGAUGAAAAUCCAAGUUACUUUUGGAAAUUCGUAGAUACCUUCGCCAAUUACGAUUUAAGAAAUGUUACAGAAAAAGAAAACUAUGAUGCUGUUAUUGCAUUUGCUGAAAAAUAUUUAUCCAAGUCAGAGGUAGCAUUAUUGAAGUUAGGAUUGUCUUUGCGAAUCUAUUCGGCACAAGUGGAAAUGUUUACGCAGAUGGCAGAAAAUAAAAAUAUCUCUGCCUUUGAUUGUUAUAAUGUAGUAAACAUUGGCGGAGUCUUUACUUGUUCUUUGGAAGAAUUAGAGGAACUGGCCAGUCAAGUAGGUGAUACACAUGAUACUUGGUUACAUUCAGAUACUUAUAGUGUGGAUCAUCGUUAUCACGCGUCUCAACAACCAGAAAAAAUUAUUAUAUUGUAUGGUCAGAUAGGAACGCCAAAAUUCUCAGAUUUUCAUAAUAAAUUAAAAAACCUUGCAGAAACCAAAGGAAUUAAUUACAUUUUGCGACAUUAUUUAAAGGAUAGAUCAGACAAAAAUGUACGUUUAUCAGGAUAUGGGGUAGAAUUGCAGAUGAAGUCUACUGAAUAUAAGGCAACAGAUGAUUCAGAUAUCAAAGAUAAUGCAGGAAAAGACUCAGAGACCACAAACGACAGCAUGGAAGAAAUAGAUGGAAUUAAUUUUGUAACAUUAAAAAAAUUGUUUCCUGACAAGCAAUCAGAGCUGGAUAAAUUACAAAUUCAUUUGCUUGAAACUAGUCAUGAAAUUGGUGCUUUAAAAGUGUGGCAAUUUCAAGAAUUAAGUCACCAAGCAGCCGAAAGAAUAAUGAACUCUCCUACAAACGAGGCCAUUAACGUUUUAACAGAUAUUUCACAAAAUUUUCCAAUGCAAGCGAAAUCUCUGAUUAGAACAAAAGUGAACAACGAAAUGAAGAAAGAAAUGAAACUCAAUCAAGCGAUGUUUUCUACAAGCUUAAAUAUACAACCCACAGAUACCGCGCUUUUUAUUAAUGGAUUAUUUUUCGAUUUAGAAGCAGUAGAUGUUCUCAGUCUCCUCGAAUCAUUAAGAAAUGAAUUAAGAGUAAUGGAAUCUCUUCGUAAGAUCGGAUUUAGUAAUAAAGAGAUGAGCACACUGCUGGCUUUGGAUUUAUCUACUAACAUGGAUAAACAAGAAUUUGCAAUGGAUAUAAGAGAUUCAGCAAUAAACUGGAUAAACGAUAUCGAACAGGAUUCAGCUUAUGCGAGAUGGUCGUCGUCGUUAACAGAAUUACUAAGACCAACCUUUCCUGGAAUGCUUAGAAAUAUUAGGAGAAAUUUAUACAAUUUGGUAUUAAUUAUCAAUCCUCUAAGCGGAGAAUCCACUUCUUUGCUAACGUUAGCACAAUCUUUAUAUUUACAUUCUGCACCAUUAAGAGUAGGUUUCGUUUUUGUAACGAAUUACGAUACGUCUAUAACUGGAUUGAGUGACCCUAGUAUCGCCGUUAACAAUGCAUUUCAUUACUUCGUGGAAACUAAAGGAUCGGAACAUGCUUUGCAAUUUCUGAUAGACUUAAGAAAUUACAUUGGGCCAGAUGAUGCGGACGUAGAGGACGUAAAGAAAGCAAUAAAAGUGCAAGAUUCAUCUGCUAACAUAAAUUAUAUCCUUGGUGAAGAAUCUGAAUAUGACGUAGGGCGUCACUUAGCUAAUGACUUUGUAAAGCGGUCUGGUUUUAAAAAAUUCCCGCAAGCCUUGUUAAAUGGCGUACCUUUGUCAUCUGAUCAAUUGAAUGCCAAUUCAUUCGAAGAAGCUGUUCUAUCUACCAUCAUGUCGCAGACGCCUGCAUUGCAAAAAGCAGUAUACCGAGGAGAAAUAACCGAAGGAGACGAUGUAGUCGAUUAUAUCAUGAAUCAGCCGAAUGUUAUGCCUCGCUUAAACGAACGAAUAUUAAAACCAGAGAAACACACUUGGUUGAAUUUAGUUGGCAGUAUACCAAACGAUGAAGAUUACGCUAAAUGGAGUCCCCAAGAUUUAUCAACCUGGUUGAUGAACAAAAUGCGUUACAUGUACGUACCACGUCGUACAAGUGUGCAUCAUUUAUACACCUUUUGGAUUGUAGCAAAUUUAAAUGAUCCAGAAGGCAGAUGUUUAUUACGUGAGGCACUUGAAUACAUAGAGUCAAAUGCAGAUGUCAGAAUUACUGUAAUCGUUAAUCCGCUCGUCAAUACUAAUGAUGAUGAUGAUACGAUUGACAUUAAUCAAAUAGUUUUAGCUGCAUUGCACAGUCUACCGGUAGAGAAGUCUAUACGGUUCAUUCGUAACAUAAUUAAGGAAGAUGUUGCUAGAGACGGCAAAAUUGACGUGGAGGAAGAGGCUGUGAAAGAACGAUUGAAAAAUCAAGCCGAUGAAUUGUUUAUACAUCGUCGAUACGUCAAAACGGUACUAAAUCUAGAACAAGGAGCUAGAGCGAUCGUGUGCAAUGGACGAUUAAUCGGUCCUUUAGAUGACGGCGAAGAAUUUACAAGCGAAGAUUUUUCGUUGUUGGAAAGAUUCAGUCAAAGUACCUAUGACGAUAAAUUGUUCAAGAAAUUGAUAAAGGGACAAUUGUUGGAAAAUGACGAGUAUGAAAGAAGCGAAAUCACCGAUGAUAUGAUAAUGAAAAUUACAUCCUUGUUAGCAUCGCAUCCUCAAACACGAAGUCGAUUUCACGUUCCAUUCCACGGCGAUGAAUACAGUGCCAUAAAGGUUCCAGCAACGAAUCCGGACGAAGUGGCAUUUAACUUAAUCGCUAUUGUCGAUCCAGUAUCUCGCGGCGCUCAAAAAUUGGGACCGAUUUUGAAGACGCUUCAACAGUCUCUGAACUGUAACGUUAAAGUGUUUUUAAACUGUUUGGACAAAAAUAGCGAUAUGCCGUUGAAAAGUUUCUAUCGCUUCGUAUUCGAACCUCAAUUACAAUUCUCCCCUGAUGGACGUGUCAACGGCGCUAUGGCGAAAUUUACAAAAUUACCAACUUCGUCUCUUUUGACACAAUACAUUCACGCACCAGAAAAUUGGUUGGUGGAAGUAGUCAGGAGCGUUUACGAUUUAGACAACAUAAAGCUGGACAAUGUCGCAAUUGGAGUGCACAGCGAAUUCGAAUUAGAACAUUUGCUACUCGAAGGUCAUUGUUUCGAAGCAGUAAUCGGAAACCCACCUCGUGGAUUACAAAUCACACUGGGGACAGAAAAGCAACCGUUAAUGGUGGACACCAUAGUAAUGGCAAACCUGGGAUAUUUUCAGUUGAAAGCUAACCCAGGCGAAUGGGUGUUGCGUCUUCGACAAGGAAGGUCGGCGGAAAUCUAUGAUUUCACAACUAUCGGUGGUCAAGAUGUUCUGCAGAACGCCAACGACGUGAAAGUUGUGAUAAGUUCUUUAAGAAGCCACGUGUUGAAAGUCAAAGUAUCCAAGAAACCGGACAAGGUGGGAGUGGAUCUUCUAUCGGAAGAUGAUAAAAGUUCUGGCUUGUGGAACUCUAUCUCUAGGACAUUUACAACAACAGAAGACAGCGACGAUCAGGAUGAAAAGUUAAAUAUCUUCUCUUUAGCCUCUGGACACUUGUACGAAAGAUUUUUGAAAAUUAUGAUGUUGAGUGUUAUAAAGCAUACGAAAAGUCCCGUCAAAUUUUGGUUCUUGAAGAAUUAUCUCUCACCAACGCUGAAAGAUUUUUUACCGCACAUGGCAAAAGAAUACGGUUUCGAAUAUGAAUUAGUACAGUACAAAUGGCCUCGUUGGCUCCAUCAACAGACUGAAAAACAAAGGACCAUAUGGGGCUACAAGAUACUAUUUUUAGACGUGUUGUUUCCGUUAAACGUUAAGAAGAUAAUAUUCGUCGAUGCUGAUCAGGUUGUAAGAGCUGAUUUAAAAGAAUUAGCCACCAUGGAUCUCGGCGGCGCACCAUAUGCGUACACCCCAUUUUGUGACAGCAGAAAGGAAAUGGACGGCUUUAGAUUUUGGAAGCAAGGUUACUGGCGGAAUCAUUUACAGGGACGUUCUUAUCACAUUAGUGCUCUGUACGUGGUAGACUUGAAGCGAUUCCGACGCAUCGCAGCCGGAGAUCGUUUGAGAGGACAGUACCAAGCACUGAGUCAAGAUCCUAAUAGUUUGGCCAAUUUGGACCAAGAUCUUCCCAAUAAUAUGAUCCAUCAAGUAGCUAUUAAAACAUUGCCACAGGAGUGGCUAUGGUGCGAGACUUGGUGCGACGAUGAAUCCAAGAGAUAUGCUAAAACUAUAGAUCUGUGUAACAAUCCAAUGACUAAAGAAGCAAAAUUACAAGCUGCCGUACGUAUAUUACCGGAAUGGAUAGGUUACGACGAAGAAAUAAAAGCUUUGCAGUUGAAGCUAGAAAACGAGAAUAGACAAACGGAGAAGGAAGAAAAUGAAACAUUCGAAGAUAUGGAAGCUUUUGCGAAGCAUGAAGAACUCUAAGCAGAAAUGAUACGAAGAAUGAAUUUUCACUUUUCGGAAGGAAGAAUUUUAUGAAAAACUUUCCAAAACUAAAUGAAUCGUCUCAAUAUUCGUAAGCACGUUAUUGCAGUGGCGCAUGAUUUUUUUUUUAAAGGUCAAAAUAUUGCAAAUUGCAAGGCAAAAUGGAUCGCAUCGUGAACUGAUUGUACUUGAAAUUCAGUCAUUUGGAGCUGAACGCCGUGGUUAUCGUAAUAUUCUAGUAGUUAAUUGUAGACGGGGAACUAUGUCCGUGCCGAUAACAUGUGAUUUUGUAAUGUCUACUUUAUAGUUGUAAGAAAUAAACUUGUAACGUUUGUAAGGUACUUUUUACACAUACACGUGUUCCUUCGACGAAUGAAUGUGUCUUCACUUACACAUAGAACAAGGAAAUGUUCGAUUUCAUGUACGAAAUCUUUGGCUACUUUUGUCGAUGAACAUCAAUAUUGGAUCGAUUGAUUGAUUCAUAAAGAAUAGAUUUUAUAUAUAUCACAGUGUUGCGAUAGAUCGUGCGUUGCACACUUGAGCCAAGCUCCUUCGCGUGUAUCACGUUUUAUAUGUUGCAUUAUUCGCAUUAUUUCAAGAGAAAGAUUCGUACUUUUUAAUAGAAAAAGGCAAGAAUGGAUAAAAACUAUACGGAGCAAUUGCACGUCGUACGUAAUUUCAUUCUGUUUUUCAACGUUCACCAGAAUUUUAGGCUUUUAUGUACGUCUAUAUUUAUAAUUAUAUUUACAAUGAAAAUAUUUGUAAGGGGCGGUCGAUUGACGAGACAACUAACUUGUCGGGCAAGUGUUCACAUUGGCUCUUCAUUUCCGACGCGAAGGCUAGUCACUUCAUUCCUUUAAUUUUUGUUAUUUUUAGUAAUAAUACAUUUUGCAUGCAAUGGCUUUCAAUCUUCAUGCGAAUGGAACUACUCAGAUUUUCGUACAAUCCAGAUAUAAUGAUUUUUUUUUCAUCAUGGUAAUGCCAUUGAGACAAUAGUUGCACCGUUGCUCUCACGUUAUU